AUGGCACAUGCAGCAUUGCCCGCAUCAGUCCCAUCGGUGACGCCUCUAAAGUCCGACAGGUUCGAUGCACAGUUUAUUAAACACCCCGAUCAACACCUGGUGGCAUAUGUACUAGAUGGUAUACGCCAUGGGUUUAGAGUAGCAUUUGACGGGUCUUCAGCACUCCUGUCGAGCAAAAAGAAUAAGCAAUCUGCACAGGAGCACCCUUCGGUGGUCGACGAUUAUCUGGCGAAUGAGGUAUCGCUAGGUAGAGUGGCUGGGCCGUUUGCAUACCCUCCAUUCCCCAACCUACACAUCAGCAAAUCUGGGGUGAUCCCUAAGAGCGGGCAGCCCGGGAAAUGGCGUUUGAUUGUCGGCCUAUCAUCGCCUGAGGGCGCUAGUGUGAAUGACGGGAUUGAUCCCGAACAGUUUACCUUGAACUACAUACGAGUCGACGAUAUCAUUAAAAUGAUAGACAAAUUCAGCCCGGGGGCUUCAAUCGCAAAAUUCGACGUCAUGUCGGCGUACCGGAACGUCCCAGUCCACCCCUCCGAUCGUUAUCUUUUGGGUAUGAGAUGGCGCGCACAUUAUUAUGUUGAUCUUGCAUGGCCGUUCGGCCUCCGCUCCGCCCCAUACAUCUUCAAUACAGUGGCCUCUAUGGUGGAGUGGAUUCUGGUAAACAAUCACCAAGUGUCGGACAUUAUGAACUACCUUGACGAUUUUAUUUUGGCGGGCCCACCCGACUCUCCGAGGUGUGCGCGAGAUCUGUCAGUGGCGCUACAGGUCUGCACCAAUCUUGGCCUUCCUUUGCAUCCGGGCAAGUGUGGUGGCCCCUCCUCGACACUUACCGUUCUAGGUAUAGAACUAGAUUUAGUCAACCGCGUAGCCCGGUUACCAGCAGACAAGUUGGCGAAUCUACGCGCACUCAUCAAUAAGUGGUCUCGCCUAGAUUGUUGCAUCAGGCACGAUUUAGAAUCUUUAAUCGGCCACCUUCAUCACGCUGCUAAAGUAGUGUGGCCUGGCCAGCCGUUCAUCCGGCGCUUGAUCGAUCAACUCCGAUGCUUCAGACAUGACAGACACCCAAUUCGCAUUAACAAUGAAACUCGUCACGACAUGGCGUGGUGGCAACAGUUCUUGGAAUCUUGGAACAGUGUCAGCUUCUGGCUUUAUCCUGGUUUAGAAGCGACUCCUACGGUCGGUAUACUAUCCACCGCCACCUGGGCCUUGGGUUUCCAGACCACCUAA